AUGGCAACUCAUUAUUAUUGGGAGAGAACAAAGGCAUGGAUGCUGGAUAAUAAGAUAAUCGUACUUCUCUCGCUCCUGUCAUUUUGUCUGUUUGUGUCAACGUUGGCGAUGGCUGGUCAAAGAAAUCGGCUCAAUACCGAAUUAAAUGAUUUGAAGAACAGUCUUAUCUCAACCACACCACCACCACCACCUAAAAACGAGACAGAUACAGAAAACGGCGAUGGUGCUGGUAAUGGAGGCGGUGAUGGAGGCGGUAAUGGAGGCGGUAAUGGAGGUGGUGAUGGGGAUGGUGGUAACAAUGGAGGCGGUGAUGGAGGUGGUAAUGGAGGCGGUGAUGGAGAUGGUGGUAACAAUGGAGGCGGUAAUGGAGGUGGUGAUGGGGAUGGUGGUAACAAUGGAGGCGGUGAUGGAGAUGGUGGUAACAAUGGAGGCGGUGAUGGAGGUGGUAAUGGAGGUGGUGAUGGAGAUGGUGGUAACAAUGGAGGUGGUGAUGGAGGCGGUAAUGGAGGCGGUAAUGGGGAUGGUGGUAACAAUGGAGGCGGUGAUGGAGGAGGUAAUGGAGGCGGAAAUGGAGGUGGUGAUGGGGAUGGUGGUAACAAUGGAGGCGGUGAUGGAGGCGGUAAUGGAGGCGGAAAUGGAGGUGGUGAUGGGGAUGGUGGUAACAAUGGAGGCGGUAAUGGGGAUGGUGGUAACAAUGGCGGCGGUGAUGGAGGCGGUAAUGGAGCCGGUAAUGGGGAUGGUGGUGACAAUGGAGGCGGUGAUGGAGGUGGUAAUGGAGGUGGUAAUGGAGGUGGUAAUAAAGGAGAUAAUAAUAACACUGGCAAUAGAACGCUUCCGGAGCGAAGAUAA